AUGGACAAGGAUGUCAAGAAGUUGCUCCCGAAGCCGAGAGAUGAAGGUCCGCAGAUGACGCUACCCUCUUUAUUGACUCUUGUGCCGUUGCUGACCAAAGACGCAGAGACAGACACUACUGAAGCUCUCUCCGUUCCUACCAGCCUUGCCAGUCAGCCGUAUGAUUUCUUGUUUGUGAACGCUUCUAGCACAGAAGCUCCCCAGCGGAGUCUGAAUACAGCGAUCCGGCGGCAUGUGCGUACCGACUCUCGCAAGCCAGGCAGUCCUGAACCGUCCGCUUCGCACGCAUCUUCUCCGACUGUCCAACGGUUUCGUUUGGGUGGCGGAGGAUUGCGUGAAGUUGUGCCUAGGCGGAAAAAGACGGGUGAGGGAGCGACUGCUCCAGAGACUUUCGCGGCGUCCAGCGUUGAUCCUUUCGAUACGUUUCCCGUGCCUAACUCCCCGACCGUGGACUUGCUAGUCCGUGAAUACCAUGAGGUAAUUAUCAAGUCGUCACCCCUCCUGGUAGCCUCGAGGACAGCAUGCUUUGCGCUGGCGAUGCAAGAUCCGGCAUUCUUCAUAACCAAGCUCUGUCAUGCUGCAAGCCGCAGAGCGUUGAUGUCAGCAGGAUAUGCGGUAGAAGUGCUGACACUCAAGAGCGACACACUUCGGAUGAUACAGCAACGCUUGCAAAGCCAGGAUCUGGGUGACUUCACAAUUGCAGCGGUGGCUACAUUGGUCUCUAACGAAGUGGUUUAUGCCACUGAGCCGUCAUCGAUCAAGGUCCACAUGGAUGGCCUUGCAAAGCUUGUAGGGCUGCGAGGCGGCAUGACUGAAGCUGAAUUUCCAUUUCUGAUCCGUCGCAUGAUCGUUUGGUGGGUGGUAACUCUGGACUCUUCUACCGUUCUUGCUGAUUGUCGCAGGGCCGACAUCCAGGUUGCGUGUGCCUUGUUCACUGUUCCACGAUUCUCCUCCUUGACACUUGAAGAGUUGAGUCAGACAGUGCCUGGGACCAUCGCAACGGCACAUUCGCACCCAGAAGCACAGGAUAUCAUGCCGACUCUGCUAGAGCUCCGGCGGCAGGCUACGAUACUCGAAUCUGGUUCUCUUUUGACUGAUCAUGAAGGCUUAGCGUUGCCCGAAGCAUUUUACCAUCUCCAGCUGAGGCUGCUAUCAAUCUGGCAGGGUAGCAAACACGAACUCCACAACUUCACGAAAAUCUGGUCUGUUGCUGGUCUGAUGUUUCUGGAAUACUUCCUGCACGGAACGUUGUCCGGUGCUCCCGCAGUACAAAGGCUCUGCCGACAGUUGCGCAGCCUGAUCGAAGAAGACCGCUCAGAUCCGGACGGCUCGUCCGCUUUUGGCAAGCAAGAUAUGGCCUUACGCCUCUGGAUCAUAUUCACGGCUAGUCUGGCUUCGAUGGGCGAAGACAGCUUUGCAUGGUGGUCUCAUGAGCUUCUACAUCUCUGCGAAAGGGUUCCAUUACGGUCUUUAUCCGAUGCGGAGGCACUUUUGCAGACUGUAUGUUGGCCUGAGAGGACGGCGUCAGCGGCAAGUCGAAAGUUGUGGAAGAAGUCGCAGGAGGAACACUCACUGUUGGAGUCGUCCUAG